AUGCCUGGUAUUUUGAGCCCUGAAGUGUUCAAGCCGCUUCCAGAGCGUUUGAAAUCGCUAUCCGGUAAAAGAAUAGUGAUCGAUGGCACGCUCAUCACACAACGCCUCUACCGCUCUCCCGUGGAACAUGAAAAGCGACAUAUUCUUGGUUGGUAUCGCUUAAUCAAGCAGCUUACAGACCAUGGUGUGCAAGUGAUUUGUGUUUUUGAUGGCAAGGAACGCAAUGUGGCGAAGGCAAUGGAGACAAAGAGGAGGGAGGAUUUGCGUAGACUUGUUAAGGCUCAAGCCGUUGAAGAACAAAAGCGCUACAGCAGACUUAGCAAAGUGCAUCGCUUUGUGGAACCUCUGGACCGCCCUAUGCGGGAGGACCUCACAGAAAGAUUACGUUCAAUGAUAAACAAUAUGGAACAUAUCCUGAAUGCCCAAAAUCAACCGUCCUUGAAAGCUACCGCUGAUCAGGCGCAGCAACUAACGGUGGAUUCGGAGGAUCGAUUAUUCCCUGCGCUGUCUGCAUGCGAGGCUUGUGAUGACCAGCGGAAGUCCCAUACAUCAGAAGCCCUUUCACAGCAUAGUAGCAUGCCCGCCAUUGUAUCGAAUUUACCCCGGGAUGCUUCUGGACUUCAUUUGGAUGAGCUGGCCACUUUCCACAUGACGGAUGACCAGCACAAAGAGACAUCUCUAGAGAUACAGAUAGAACAGACCGCGCCGAGUUUCCCAUCACUACAUGACACAAAAAUGUUCAUACAAGACGGGUCGCUGGUGGACAACAGCUCGGCCGCUCCUUCAUUACCGCCUGUCCAAGAGUCCAAGGCAGUCGAAGAGACUGUCUUGGAAGAAACCAUGGAAGAAUCGCCAGCGGACAGUAUCUCGGCCGCCUUCUCGUUACCGCCUGAACGAGAGCCGAGGACAGUUGGGGAGACUGUCUUGGAAGAAACCAUGGAAGAAUCGCCAGCGGACAGUAUCUCGGCCGCCUUCUCGUUACCGCCUGAACGAGAGCCGAGGACAGUUGGGGAGACUGCCUCGGAAGAGACAAUAGAGCAACUGCACAGGAACGAUACUCUUACCGCGUCAUCGCUACCGCUUGAGCAAGAGUCGAGACUAUCAGAUCAGAAUGUCGCAGAAGGAGCAUCUUCUGUCUCGGCCGCCUUCUCGUUGACGCCUGAACGAGAGCCGAGGACAGUUGGGGGGACUGCCUCGGAAGAGGUCAUAGAGCAUUCGCACGGGGACGAUACUUUCGCCGCGACAUCGCUGCUGCCUGAUCAAGAGUCGAGACCAGCAGAACAGAGUGUCGCAGAAGAGGCGUCUUCUGAAGAGACUGUUUUGGAAGAGACCACGGAGGAAUUGCCAGCGGACAGUAUCUCGGCCGCCUUCUCGUUACUGCCUGAUCAAGAGUCGAGGACAAUUGAGCAGACUGCCUCGGAGGAGGUCAUAGAGCAUUUGCACGGGGAUGAUGCUUUCGCCGUGUCAUCGCUGCCGCUUAAUCAAGACUCGAGACAAGCGGAUCAGAAUGACAUAGAAGAGGCAUCUUCUGAAGAGACUGUCCUGGAAGAGACUAUGGAGGAAUUGCCAACGGACAGCAUCUCGGCCGCCUUCACGUUACCGCCUGAUCGAGAGUCGACGACAGAACUGCGUGGAGUCGAUACUUCCGCCGCUUCACCGCUGCCGCUUGAUCAAGAGCCGAGACCAGCAGAUCAGAAUGUCGUAGAAGAGGCGUCUCCUGGUAUUUCUUCCUCAGAUGGUACCAUAUUUGUGCGGAAUUUGAUGGGGCUCACCAACGAGGCAUCUGCAGAUACGAAUGAACACGCUUAUACUGCUCCACAAGAGCCAGAAAUUGCGCCUGAGGACAUCAUUCCAGCCAUUCUUGAGUGCUAUGACGACUUUUGGCAGAGCGCAAGCAAAGUAAAAGCCCUGCCCGAACCAUCAUCAGCGGAAUGCGUCACUUCCACCGGGCUCGUGGAAUCUGCGGAAGAGGCUCCUGGCGAGAUGAAACUGACUGAAAUGUCUAAGAAACAGAAGCAGCUCAUCACAGAAGAGAGCCUCGUUUGGAGCCGUCUGGCAGAGUCUCCUCCUAACAACUCUGCAUCCGAAACUGUCGAAUCAGAGCUCGCCGCCCUGAUGGACAAGAGCAGCGCUAUGGUGGAGUCAUUCAAAAGGCGUGUUGAUGGACCGACGUCUCAGACGUAUGAAGAGAGCAAGGAAAUUAUACGUGCUAUGGGGAUACCCGUUAUUGAUACUUCUGGGCCAUACGAGGCUGAAGCACUUGCUUCCUUACUGAUGCUCAAGGGCCAUGUGGACUACGUCGCCAGCGAAGACACGGACGUAUUGGCUUUCCAAGCAACGUUGCUUAGGAAUCUCAGCAGUCUCCAGGACCUUCUUGAUGUCAUAUCGGGUGCAGAGGUGCGAGAUGCCUUGCAGCUCGAUCCUGACAGCUUCCUCGAUUUUCUCCUGCUUAUGGGCACAGACUUUUCUGUUCGCAUCAAAAAUCUCGGACCCGUGAACGCUUUGAAAUUUAUCCGGAAAUAUGGAUCCAUCGAGCGCAUAGUGAAGAUUUUGGAUGGUCACCAGAGGUUCCGGCUGCCGUUCCCGCGCGACGAGUAUUUAGGUCAAGUGAGGCAGGCAAGACAAGCGUUUACGAAACUUCCGCCAAUGCCGGACCUUGCUUUGUUGCAGCCUCAGGAGUUCAACGAGGACGAGGUGGACAGAUUGCUGUCGCAUCAUGAAUUAGCAUCCGCUGCUGAAUUGGAUCAGUAUUUCGCCGCACAGUUACCCACUGCUGGGUUUGAGGAUUAUAACAAUGCAUUCUCUGGAAACUACUUCAAUAGCAAAGGAUUGGUUCGAAACUACUCCGAUGACGAUCCUGAUGAAUCAGAAUAA